AUGCCAAUUUUAUAAUUUUAAAGAAGUAGAUUAAAUGCAGACUAAUUACUAAUUAAUUGGUAAUUGAAUAAGAAAAUAAAAAAAUUAUACCAGUUUAUUAACUUUUUCUCCUUGUUUUAAUCUGAUAAUCAAUUUAUCUCAAACUUAAAUUAUAACAGGGUUCAAUUAAAGAAUUAUGUAGUUCUAAUAUAAUAAGGUGAAGUAAAUGAUGGUAUUAAUAUUCAAGGAAGUUUUAAUCGAAAUAGUUAAUAAUCCAACAUUUAUGAAGGUAACUGAUUAGUUUGUAAAUCUAAGAAUAUUUUGAUAGUAAUUGCUAGGAAAAUGAUGUGAAACAGCAAACUUAGUAUUAUUAUAAUGAAGGUAUCAUUCUUAAACAAAUUAAAGGUGUUGCUUUAUUUCAAUAAAAUAAAUAUUAGGAGGCUAUAGGAUUUUUUAACAAAGCUAUUGAUUUAGAGCCAAAUAAAUGGAACUAUCAUUAUCAAAAAGGUGAAUUAAUCAUUAUUAAUCUAAAAGGUUUAGCCCUAUUUUAAUAAUAAAAAAAUUUGGCUGCAAUUUAAUGUUUUGAUAGAGUAAUAAAAAUAAAACCAUAUGAUAGCCAUCCUUAUUUUUAUAAAGGUAAAUAUUUUUUUUAUUUUAAGGCCUAUCAUUAAAUAAAUUAAGAAGAUAUGAUGAAGCAAUUGGAUGCUUUAAUAUUGUGUUAAUGAUUGAGAAAUCUGAUUCCUAAGCGUUUUAUAACAAAGGUAGUAAUAAUCAGUGUAUUAAAAAUCUAUUUAGGCUUAUCUCUAUUUUAAUCGUAAAGAUACUAAGAAGCGAUAACAUGUUUUGAUUAAGUUGAAUUAGAAGAAGAUUGCAAUGCUAAUUUUUACAAAGGUUUAUCUCUACACAUUAAUAUUUAAUUAGGAUAAGCCUUAAUGAGCUUGAAAAGAUUUUAAAAUGCUAUAACAUGUUUUAACAAAGUUAUAUAAAAGGACCCAGAAAAUAUCGAAUCUUAAAAUCUAAAAGGUAGAUAAUUUUUGAUAAAUUCAUAAGGCCUAGCUCUAAAUUAAUUAAAUUAAGAUACAGAAGCAAUAAACUGUUUUCAGUAAUCAAUUCGAUUAAAUCCAAAUGAUAGUUUUCCAUAUUACAAAAAGGGUUAGAAUUUCAAUAAAUUUCAUUUAGGUAUAUCUCUAAUUGCCUUAAAUCAAAAUAAGUAAGCGCUAGCAUGUUUUGAUCAAGCUAUUGCAGUCGAUUAAGAUAAUGAUGAAAUCUAUUAUUAAAAAGGUGAAUAAAUUGUUGCAUAAUAAUUUUUAGGUUUAGUAUUAGUCCAAUUAAAUCGAUUUUUAGAAGCUAUAAGAUGUUUUGAAGAAGCUGUAUUAAUCAAUCCAAAAAACGCUAGCUCCUUAAAUUAAAAAGGUAAAUUGAUUUUUUUAAUUUAUUUAUUUAGGCUUAGCAUUAGUAAGUUUGAAUAGACAUUAUGAAGCUAUUAGCUUUUUUAAGAAGGCAUAAUCCAUUGACCCAGCAGUAAUGUAUAUGAGAAACUUAGGUAAAGUUUUUUAUAUAUUUUAGCUGAUACUUUACUAUACUGCGGAAGAAAAGCUGAAAGCAAAUAUUGGUAUCUGAUAGCUAGAUAAAAUAUUGAGAUUAUAAAAUAAAAAAUUUGA